AUGAUUGUUGGUAGUACGACGACGACGCUUGGCAGUGCGACUGCGAACUCUGAUACAAGUGCGAGUUCGAGGUGUGUACUAAUUUAUUACACUGAUACUGACAAUACCAUUAACCUUACCUAUCUGCGUUUCCCUUCCAUUUCCAUCCAUCCUCGAAUUCAACAUUCGAAUCGAUAUCGCCUACAACGCACAUAUCUUACACCACCGUCCAGAACCCCGCCCCCCAACCACAACCGCAGCUCACCUAACAUCCCCGCCAUUGUCGGCGGCACGAUUGGCGGCCUUCUUCUCCUUGCACUCUGUGGUGUGCUUUAUGUAUUUAUGUCCCGGCGCAGGAGGAGGAUGGCGACGGAGGCGCGAAGGAGGACAUUUCAUCGGGAUAUGAUGGUGCAGCGCCGCGCGGGUGGUGGUGGUGGUGCGGGUACGGGGUUGGUGUCGCAAGGACCGGGUGUUGGGGGUGGGGGUGCCGCUCCAACUGCGAAUGGGAAUGUAAAUGUCAAUGAGGAAGGGAGCCGUGUAGGAGACGAACCUAGGCACGAUAUACCAGCACCCGCGCCUCCCGCUCUAUUACCUCCAGCAGACCCGCCCGUACCCACAACCCGCGCAUCGGACCUACCCUGUGUCCUCCCCGCACUUUCAUUCUGGUCAUGGACAGGAACAGGCUCCAGCUCGAUCUCUAUCGCAGGAGGGAACGAUUCCAGCGACGUCGAGUCGCAAUCCCAAUCCAUCUCCCGCGGUCUUUCUAGCGCCAACGAUAUGGAGCGCGGGUUUGCUGGUGCAGGGUUUCCCGGGAACCUUGGAAUCGCAUCAGGGCUCGGCCUUGCACCAGGAGGGGGCACCACAACGGAUCGCGGGAUACCGUCUAUCAAUGGGAGAGCACCGCCGCUGGGUACAGGACACAUCGUACCCUCGCCCAAGGGCCCUCGUGGACCAGCGAAGCAUGGGGGUGCAGCGGACGGCGAUGUGUACACCCCUGCUCAGCCGACGCCGUUUGUUUCGCAGCUUCCGUUCCAGAGCGUGUCGUCGCCACAAUUGCCCAAUUCAGCUGCAGCUGUAGCGACACCACCAACAUCAGCUACAGUCGCUCUCGCACGUGCGCAGACGACUACAGGCGCGUCAGGCACUAGCGCGACGCCCAAGAGAGGCCGCGGCAACUCGAUCACGCGCGCCGUCACCUCGCGCCCGGCCCGCCUCCCCACCGCCCUAUCCUCUCUCACCAUCCCACCUCCAUCCCCCAUCUCAUCCAUACCCCCCUCUCCCAGCAUCCCCAUAACCCCGACCGUCCCACCCAACGCGCCCCCGCGCACCCAGCGCCAAGCCGAGAUCGCCGCGCGCAUCGACAUGCUCUCCGCGCAGAUGGUCGAGGUCGUGCGUGCGCAGCGCGACGCGCGCGCGGGGCGGUUCGAUGCGGCGCGCGAGGGGAACAGAUGGAGUAUGCGCGAAGAUGGGAGUGUCGUGCUCUCUCCUGUGUCGCCGCAGUCUGGGUUUGGUCCUGUGGUGUCUCCGACGGGGACGGGAGUGAGGGCGAGUGUCGGCGGCGCAACGAUGAACACGACAACGACGACGAUGACAAAUUCGGAGACGGCGACGACGACGAGCGGAUCGGUGAGCACUGUUACGAUGGCCAGGUACGAUGCUGUUCUGGCGGAGAUGCAGAGGGAGAUGGUGUGGCUGCGCGACACGGAGCAUUCAGCGUGGGCGAUGGGCCUUACGGAGGUGCGCCCGCCUGGCUGGGCGCGAUAUAUGACGCCGUGA